AUGGGAAUUCAACAGGGAACCAGGGACACACCCAAAAACGCGUUUUCUCAAAGUAGUCCAUCGAGUAGCUCGGAACAGUCCAUAACAUCUACUCCCUUUGGUAUUCGCAAUGGAGCUCCUAUUUCUCGGAAGCUUGUGAAAAUUCCCAAGGAUCAACAAGCAAUAUUUUCAGACCCUGAAGGCCCGUGGAUCUCAGCUCUCAAGAACAACUCACAGCAGAAUACCGCCAGAGUCCCGCCAAAGGUCCUUGAACAAAUUAAAUAUUUUCAUACCUCUCGGACACUGCCGCCACCUGCUCAGAAGCCGAAUGUGCCUCUUUCCAGUGGGCCAACUGCAUCAGUCUCAGUCUCCGAGAACACAUCCAACGAUCAGCAGGAAGAUGAAUCAGACUCUGAGCCAGAAGUGCCCGUCAGCUCCUGGGCGGAGUCUCCUCCACGACCACCCCGAAGAGAGCUGCAAGAGACUCCCUCUCCAGCGCCAUCCAUCAGGUCACAGAUUAUGACCCAAGACCAGUCUGGUAUAGGAAGAAUUAUCUCCCAGUCUCCACCACCUCAGACACGAAGCAGCCCUCAGAUACAGUCUUCACCACCGAUUGUCCCAGCAACUAAGCGACAGACAUCGCCUCCUACAGGCGUUAAACGUCGCCUCCAGCUUGACGCAUUCCCGUCCAGCAGUGCCGGUGUGGAAGACGAGCUGGAAAUCGCUAUCCCUGAGGCUCUUUGCGAAGCAACACCGCCUAUCAACAGAAGAGCCGCGCGUUUGACUCCUGCAUCCCAGGCCGCCACCAGUCCUCCCUGUGGCCAAGGCAGCAUGGUUCCGUCUACCUACAAAGACAUUAAGAGCUCCGACAAGGUGGAAGAACCAGUCUACAAGAAAAGACGGAUGAAGGCAGUCAAUAUGAGCCAGAGCUCCCAAGAAGUUGAACAGGAGGACACUUCUGCAGAAAUCGACCGACAAUCUGUAGCACCGCUUCCUCAAACCCGUCAAGGGGCUCUACAGACAUCUUCAGGCUCUCCACUUACGUCAGCACCUCUUGUCACUGACGAGCAACCGAAACUGGGAACAGCCAAGGUCGUCAAAGAUACCCCGAGUCUUUCUGGAACUGCCAGUCUUGUUCACAGGGCAGACGAGACGUCUCACCCAGAUCCUAAGCCCUCGGGAGCACACGUUCGAGCAACUCUCGAGAGUGGGAGGAAGGUGCAAGGCAAUGUUUCUCUGACCACACUUGGAGUCUCGACUGCGCCUUCGGAAGCACACAUUCAACCAUCCAUCGAAAAGAGGAGCAAGGUGAACGACGAUGUUUCACUGGCCACGCGUGGAGUAUCGUCUGAGGGCGGUAGCCUGAAAUUCUCAAAGGAAGAGGUCCAGCGGCAGAAGGCAAUAUCGUAUCUCAACGAAGCUUGGAAACAGCAUGGUCUCGAUUGGAUCCCGACCGCUUUCCAGCACCUCCGGUCAACUCUGACGGUUCAGAGCCUUCGGGUUUUGAUAAACGUCACUCAUCAGGCAUCAAAGAACGGUAUACAACUCUCAGAGCUGUGGUCGAAGCCUGAUGGCCCGCUUUAUAAAGCGGCUUCGAACCUUGCAGACGGCAAACUCAUCUUCUCCGAAGAAGUCGCCGAGGCAUCGCUUUCUUUGUUCGAGGCAGAGAAGUCGAAAGCGGCAAAGGCUCGAGGCACAGCCUCGGGUGAAGGGAGGCCAGCACCCGCCGAGGGCUCAUCAAGGCCCGCAAGCCGUCAGGGAACAGUAUCCCAAGUGGCACCCGUCAAUCCCUCGCCUCCAACAUCACCCAGCGCAAUGCAAGGCGUACAGCCGACUGCUAGUCCGCAGGUGCUUCAAGACAGUCGAUAUCAAACAUUCGAUGCCCAUCACCGACCGCAGGGCUUAGUCGCGAGGCCCUCUUUUGCACAGGGGCCGUUGGAAGCCUUCCGCUACGCAUACCCCUCCUUCUCGGGCAGCGUAGGUGACUUUGUGAAGGCUUGUUUCACGAUCAAAGACCUGCGUCGGAAACGGCUGCUUCCCAAGUGGCUCUACGACGACUUCAUCCGCGCCUUCGUGGACGGCUUCGUCCCUUACAUCCAAACCCUGGACGACGACGAGGAGCCGCUCUCGGCAUAUCAGUGGUACGUCGAGUACGUGGACCGGCCAGCAUAUCAGGGCGGCGUCGUGACACGCGAAAACCUGUACCUAGUCCUGAAGAUCUACAACAGCGGAUUCAAAUCGGCAAGGGAGUCUGUGUUGGAGAGCGGAACCCCGUUUCCAGAAGUUGCACAGAGGCGUCUCUCUGAGCAAUCAGCAGCGUUGAACAUGAGCGUGGGUCCCGAUACGCCAGUUGCGCAGAAGAGCAACCCCACCCCGAAACCUCAUCUGGAGACUCGCGCCUCGGGCGGCACGCCCAGCAAGCGCGCCCUCUCUGCGGCGCAUGCAUCCCCUGCGGAACAGCUGAUUCCGUCAAAGACAAACGUCAGCGGCCAUGGUGGCCAGCAGCCUGUUGAUGAAGCUCAUACUCACAAUGCCGCGCCUCCUGCGCCGAACUUGCCCCUUGCGAAUGGGGACAAGGGCAAACAGCGAGCGACAAACAACGCGGCAUCAAGCCCUCGGAACCCUCCGGCAUCUGCCCCGGCCAUUCAACGACACACAAACGCUCUGCAGGACGACGAAGACGUCACAUUCCUAUCUAGUACCCCGCGCCCUCGUACCGCAAACCCUUUGAAGGAAACCAUCAAGAAGGAAACCAACACUAACGGCACCACCACCACCACCACCACGCCGUUGCCGCAGAAGGCAGCACCCAACCCACUACUGUCCGAGCAGCAGAGAGUCCCUUCAUCCUCGAAGCCCACCAAGGACGCCAUCAUCGCAGAGACCCCGCCGCGCAAGACAGCCGGCCCGCCCAAACGGACUACCCAGCACCCAGCGGUACGCCGGAGCCUGCCGGCCUCGUUCUCCGACGGCCUCCGCCCGCCUCCCGCUUCGAUGCCGAUCAAGGCCUCAGUACCACUGACAACCAGCCCGGCGGCGAGUCCGGCGCCGAGCGGCACACCAAAGAGCUCGUUGACUUCCUUUUUCCAAGAGAGCCGCGUGAAGAAACCCAAACAGAAGACGGCCGUGACGGAGCAGGAGAGAAGGAAGUUGGCCGUGGCCAAGAUGGAGAGGAUGGCCAGGGAAGGACGGUAUAAGUCACCGUCCAGCACGAUGCCUCCCAGGUCUUGA